CUCCGAAGAGGCUGGGCCAGUGCCGGGGCCGGGGGCCGGGGCGGCGGCUGGAUGAGAGGGAGGAUGGAGCCCGAGCCGGAUCUGGAGCUGCUGCUUCAGGAGGCCCGGGAGAGCAUUGAGGCGGCGCAGAGCUACCGGCGCGAGCUGGGCCAGCGGCUGCAGGGGCUGCAGGCAGCGCGGAGGCAGAUCAAAGAGAGUGCAUCACAGACUAGAGAUGUCCUCAGGCAACAUUUUAAUGAUCUGAAGGGAACCCUCCGGAAGCUCUUGGAUGAACGAUUAGUGUCUCUGUUGCAAGAAGUGGACGCUAUCGAGCAGGAGACGAUCAAGCCGUUAGAUGACUGCCAGAAACUCAUAGAGCACGGAGUCAGCACUGCCGAAGAUUUAGUCCGAGAAGGUGAGGUUGCCAUACUUGGUGGUAUGGGAGAAAAGAAUGAAAAACUAUGGAACUUUACCAAAAAGGCCUCACACAUUCAAUUGGACAGCUUGCCAGAAGUGCCUCUACUGGUUGACGUGCCGUGUUUAUCUGCUCAGUUGGAUGACUCAAUUCUCACCAUAAUCAAGGAUCAGAUUUUCAAUCAUGGCACAGUUGCAUCUCGGCCACCAGUACAGAUAGAAGAACUCAUAGAAAAGCCUGGAGGCAUCAUAGUACGAUGGUGUAAGGUCGAUGACGACUUUACAGCCCAAGAUUACAGACUCCAGUUUCGUAAGAGUACGUCGAAUCAUUUUGAAGAUGUGUACGUUGGUUCUGAAACCGAGUUCAUCGUGUUGCAUAUCGAUCCCAACGUUGACUAUCAGUUCAGAGUCUGCGCCCGAGGGGAUGGUCGGCAGGAAUGGAGUCCCUGGAGUGUUCCCCAGAUGGGCCAUUCUACACUGGUGCCUCACGAGUGGACAGCUGGCUUUGAGGGUUACAGCUUGAGCAGCCGAAGAAACAUAGCACUCCGGAACGAUUCCCAGGCCACAGGGGUUCUCUACUCCAGUGCUCCAACCUAUUUCUGUGGGCAGACAUUAACCUUCAGAGUCGAAACUGUGGGCCAGCCAGAUAGGCGGGACAGUAUAGGAGUUUGUGUGGAAAAACAGAAUGGGUACGACUCCCUGCAGCGAGAUCAAGCAGUGUGUAUUGGUACAAAUGGUGCCGUUUUUGUCAACGGGAAGGAAAUGACAAAUCAGUUGCCAGCAGUUACUUCUGGGUCUACUGUCACGUUUGACAUGGAAGCAGUGACCCUAGUUACCACUAAUAAUGAUGAUGCUGGGAACUUUAAGCUGAGAGUCACUAUUAGCUCCAAUAAUAGGGAAGUGGUUUUUGACUGGUUACUUGAUCAAUCGUAUGUUUCUCUUUACUUUGGGUGUUCAUUUUUUUACCCUGGUUGGAAAGUAUUAGUAUUUUAGUCUUGUGAUUAAUUAGUAUUAGGUUGAAGGUUUUUAGCAGAGAUAUCCUCAGCCGAGUUAACUAAGUGACAAAGCCAGACUCAUCUCUCAAGUAGGCAAUUUAGAAAUUGAAUGUGUUUCUAACAGGAUUCAUUUAAAAAUAUAUGCAGUUUUUGGACAAAAGCAUAAUGCAGUCAAGUUUAUUUCCAAGUAUGUGGUAAGCAAAUACCACAUUAUGAUAAAAAUUUAAAUGGAUUUCUCAGAAUAAAAUGUGGAGGAGGGAGUGGGUGGGGAGUUUUUUACACAGCCUGUCCUGAAACCUUUCACUGCUUAUUAAUUUCAGUUAUUAUGAUGGAAAAACUACAUUUGCAUGCCCUUACAAUUAAAUCUGCCUAUUUUGAGACCACAGCCUUAUAGAAAGCUUUCAGGCAUGAUGCAGUUGUAGUAUAUUAACAACAAUAGAUGGAAUGUAAGUUCUGCAUUGUCUGUUAGGGCUCUUAUGAAUUGCAAAUGUGGAGCAUUCCAGUUUUCUUUUUUUACAAUGUCUGCCCUCUCUUCCUAUAUAGAUUUUAAUUUAUAACAAAAAAAAAAGAUCCAACUAGAAAUCAAAGUCCUGUUUGCUCUUUCAUUAGAUUAGCCCUUCACCAGUGUGCCUUGUAUGUUCAGGGAUUUUGAAAACAGUAUUGAAUUUUUACAUUCAAUAAUAAUACUUAAGUCUUCAAAGCAUUUGACUUUCUGUAUUUUUUUGUGCCUAAAACAAAAAAGCCUAUAAUAAUCUAACCAAAGUAUUUUCUUUUGCUCAAACUUUGUAGUGAAGUUUGACAUAUUUUAGAGCAGGGGUGGGGAACCUGCGGCCUCGAGGCCACUGGACUGAGUCGAAAGGUCGCACUUGAGGACCUAGAGGACCACAUGUGGCCUCAAAGACACAGGUUCCCCACCCCUGUUCUAGAGGAUUUUCACAGGGUAAAACUACUCACAGAAGUAGUCCGUACAGUGUUAGCUACAUUACAUAUAUUGGUGUACAUGUGUGCAUGUGUAUAUACGGCACAUGAUCUCUAGGACACUUUAUCAGCUUGUUUGUCCUUUAAGGACCAACCAAACAUAAGAUAAUACUUGAUUUUUGAGAUAAUUUUACAUUUGUGUAAAAUAUUUAUUUUAAGGCCCUACUAUGUUAAAAUAAUGGUCUUAACUAGCUAUACCAACUUAAAAAAAUUUAAUGUGAAUUUUUUUAUCGGUAGGAACAUGUUUGAAAAAACAAGUUUGAUAUUUUUGUAAGAUAAUUUAUUUUGGGGUUCAUUUCCCUGUUUGACAAUCAUGACAUUGUCCCUUUGAUUUUUUUAUAUAUUAGCAGUCUUUCAUUUUGGUUUGUGAUAUAGUUAAAAAGAUGUGGCAGAUGAAAUAUGGCAGAUGUAAAUGCCUUAUCUAUUAGUGCUGAACUGAAUAAAAUAAAGUACAAAACA